AUAGAUGAAUCAAAAGAAGAAGAAGAAGAAGAAAAGGAGAAGAGCACAGUGGGAUAGACGCACCAAAAGUUUGCCGGUGGCUGUGCUGUGCCAGGUUAACGGCCAAGUUGCCGUCAGGAGCCGAGCGGUGAGCGCGCGGGCGCAGUCCAAAAGGGGGGAGAGGAAUAGAGGAGGAGGACGGGCGACUGGGCGUGACUAGAAUGGCGAGAGAAAGGGCCAAGAUGGCCUGAUGAAUGUGAGUAGAUGGGAGAGAGAACCCGACAAAGAAAAAAUAUAUACGCCCGGCCAAAAUGGAGAAGAAGAAGGAGAAGGAGAAGAAGGAGAAGGAAGUCUGAACGCGAACGCAGAUCGGCCAGCCACACGUCGAGAGACAGGGGACCGAGAGAGACGGGAGGCGGAAGACAGUGGCUACAGCUGAAAAGAGAGAGAAGAAGAAAACGAACGAACGCCGGGGCCAGCCAUUCAGACAGCAGUUCUUAUUCUUCAUUGAUCCCGCGACCGUUGCCGUCCCCACGCGGCCAACCGCUCACUAAAACUCUCAUAACCCCCAACAACAGCCGACAACACCCCCGAACCAAAAUAAAAGUUGAUUUUCAGUGUCAUUCGGUCUACAUCACUUUGCCAGACAACACCCCCCCAUUGCACAUUUAUUGCACAAUCAACAGCAACGCGACAGAGGCGAUUGGAGCGACGACGGCUUCCGCCGCUUCAUCCAGCAACACCAUGGACCACCUGAUGACGAUGCCCAACUAUUCGUACAUUUUCAAGUUCGAGGACGAAUUCGAGCACACGGACGCCAAGAUUUGGUUCAACCGCUACUGGACGGGCUGUUUUUAUUACGUCGGCAUCUACAUGCUCGUCAUCUUCACCGGACAGCAGCUCAUGGCCAAUCGACCGCGCUACGAAUUGCGAGGGCCGCUCAUUUGCUGGAACAUUUUGCUGGCCACGUUUAGCAUCAUCGGAGCGUGUCGCACCAUCCCCGAAUUAGUUUACGUCACCCGCCAUUUCGGACUCUACCACUCUAUCUGCGUUCCCAGUUACAUCGAAGAUGACAAAGUCUCUGGCUUUUGGGCGACCAUGUUUGUGCUGUCGAAAGUGCCCGAGCUGGGCGACACCAUGUUCAUCGUUUUGCGCAAGCAGCCGCUCAUUUUCCUCCACUGGUAUCACCACGCCACCGUCUUGGUUUACUGUUGGUACGCUUUCAAAGAGUACACUGCGCCAGCGCGUUGGUUCAUCGUGAUGAACUUUACCGUUCACGCGUUCAUGUACUCGUAUUACGCCCUCAAGGCUAUGAACUAUCGGGUCCCGCGCUUCGUCUCCAUGGCCAUCACGGUCGCCCAGCUCUCGCAGAUGGUGGGCGGAUGCGCCGUCAACCUCUGGGCUUACCAAUUGAAGCAGAACGGCGAGGCGUGCAACGUCAGCGAACACAACAUCAAGAUGUCGCUGCUCAUGUACUUUUCGUACUUUGUCCUUUUCGCCCGCUUCUUCUACAAGGCGUACGUCGACCGACGGGCUCCGCGCAAGGGGCUAGUCGACACCAGGGGGUCGUCGGGGACGGCCAGCAUCGAUCACAGCAGCAGCAGCAGCAAUGGAACGGCCAAGAAAGUCCAGUAGAGAGCCGCUGAGAAACAGAAACGCUUGGCCAGCGACAAAAUGGAAAAAUCACUGAGCUUCUUCGGGAAGGAACGGGAAAACAAAAAAAAAUGGCGAAAAAACAUUCCUGACUUGGAAAAAUUAAAAAUAAAACAAUUCCAAAAUGAAAA